CCACAUUAACUGCUCAUGUUCCCUGUCUUCCUCCCUCCCACACACUUCUUCUGGUUCAGGCCUCGCCGUCUCAGGCCGACAGACAGACGAUUAGAUCCACGUUUAAAUAACUAAAUAAAAACCACCUCCAUUAUUAAUCGACGAAAUUGACUCAUUUAUCCAACUCUCUCAUCUUAACCUCUGACUGUCACUGACUCAGUAAUCCAAUCCUCCAUUCGUCUAUCUUCUUCUGGUCUUUUUUUUUUUUUUUUUUUUUUAGGGUUUUGAUUUCGAUUUUGGGAGCGACACAGAAUGGCUCAAUCAUCAUCGAGCAGAGGAGGAGGAGGAAGUAACAGUAAUAGUAGUAGCAGGGUGAUUGGGGAUUAUAUUGUUGGUAAACAGAUUGGAUCAGGUUCGUUCAGUUUCGUAUGGCAUGGAAGACAUCGAGUUCACGGUCAGGAAGUUGCUAUCAAGGAAAUCAUUAUGGAUCGGUUGAGUAAGAAGUUGCAGGAGAGUCUUGUUUCUGAGAUUGUCAUUCUUAAGAAUAUCAAUCAUCCAAACAUCAUCAGAUUACACGACAUCAUCGAGGUCCAAGGGAGGAUACAUCUUAUACUAGAGUACUGCAAGGGAGGUGAUCUCUCUAUGCAUAUCCAGCGUAAAGGGAAAGUCACCGAAGCUACAGCAAAACACUUCAUGCAGCAAUUGGCUGCUGGUCUACAAAUCCUCCGUCAGAAUAAUGUUAUACACCGAGAUCUAAAGCCUCAGAAUCUCCUCUUGACCACGAAUGGUGAUCAAGCGGUAUUGAAAAUUGCAGACUUUGGUUUUGCAAGGUCGUUACAGCCUAGAGGUUUAGCUGAAACACUCUGUGGUUCACCUCUCUACAUGGCUCCAGAAAUAAUGCAGUUCCAGAAGUACGACGCAAAGGCAGAUCUCUGGAGUGUAGGUGUUAUCCUUUAUCAACUUGUGAUAGGGAAAACCCCUUUUACCGGAAAUAACCAAAUCCAGUUGCUGCAAAACAUCAUGAAAUCAAAAGAAUUGCAGUUCCCCACUGAUAUUAAGGAAUUAAGCUCUGACUGCACAGAUUUGUGCCGAAAGUUAUUACGUCGUGAUCCAGUGGAGCGGUUAACAUUCGAAGAGUUCUUUGGCCACCUGUUUCUUUCUACCCACAAAUGUAAAGAAUCGUUAAGGUCUGCAGACUCUGCACCAAUGACCAAAGUUGUUAAUGCGGCGGCUGAAUGCAUACUUGGAAGGCAUCCAGAAGCAAGUUCUCAAGACGAUUGUCUGCCUUUCGUUUUAGAUGAUGAUACUAGUGGUUUUGGUGCCAGUCCAUCCCAUCCUUCAUUAAUAGGGUCAAUCAGAUUUGGUGAUGCUAGGCACAAUCAAGAAACAGUUGUUUCAAAUAUUGAUCAUCACAUGACUUCGUAUGGAAAUAUCAGAGAGCCGACUACAACCAUGGACCAAAUACCAUCAGAAGCUUCUUCCAGAGUUAUGGAUUCCCUAGAAAACAUUGACCUGGAGUAUGUACUUGUUCCUGUGCACUCUAUGGAGGACUCAUCUUUAUCAUCAAAUGCCAGCCGGGUUCAUCAUUUGCCUUGCAAAUCUGAUAGUUCUUCUACAGUUUCUCUAUGUAAAAACAGCGUUCCAGGGCCAAUUGCCGGUACAGGAACAAAGAAAACCUAUGAAGCUGGGAGCACGGAAAGCCACAACUCUUUACCUUCCGGGUCAUCUCAAGGAUCCAUGGAUGUGGGAGAUGCUUUGGAUCAGUCAUAUGCUCGUUGUCUGACAAGGAUUAGGUCGUUACAGCAAUCUGCAUCUGCCAUAACGGAAUUAGUGAAUCAGAAGAUUGACUCAGGUAGCCAGUUAGAGGCCUUCUCACUCCAGCUGGUUAAUCUGGCAAUUUGGAAGCAAGCAAUGCAUAUUUGCCAUACUCUGGCCGCAUCAGCUAUUGAUGGAAGUCCUACCCAAGAAAAAACUCGAUUCAGGGGAGGAAAAUCUCCGAAAGGUUUUGGCAGUCAAGGGCCUGAAGCAGUUUGUUCCCAGAUCGAGAAGGAGUUUCUUCUUGAAGUAGGGCAUGCUGAGGAGCUUGCUACGGGUAUUGUCCCAGUGGAUGGAAAUGUAGAGAUGCCAGACGCCAUGGAAAUAAUAUUCCAAUCUGCUCUUGCAUCAGGCAGGCACGGCGCUGUGGAUGAGCUGAUGGGGGAGAUGGAGAGCGCGGUAGGCCGGUACUCUAAGGCAGUGCGUCUCUUGGUAUUCCUACUGGCGGAGGCACCUUCACUAAUCCUGAACCCUCCCUUCUCACUCGCAAACUCGGACAGGUUUCGGCUGCAGUCCUACAUUGAAAUUUUAAAGAACAGGCAAAACCAAUCGAGAUCUCAGAGAAUAGCCGUCUGCAACAGUGAGGACCAGCAAUGCCUUCCUUGAUAUACUUGAUUCUCUGAAAACCUUUGAUGCUGCUUCUGCAAUGCAUUGCUGGGGCAUUUCAGAUGGGUUGAAUUUAUUGUACAGUCUGCAGAUCAUUUAUUGUACAGCAUUCUUAAUUAGUCGCCCUUGAUCUCAAAUGAUGGUGGUGGUGGUGAAGUCUAGACUUUAGCUUGAUGGACUAAUUGAUGUUAAUAUUUUCAUUUUCUUUUAAUCCCCCCAAGUUUGUAUAUUCUAUGCAUCCAAUUCUGCAGGAUGGAUGAAAUUCUCCAAGUCUCUUGGUUAGCUGGAAGGUUUAGUAGUCCCGGAGGCCACAACCAGCCAAAGCAUGUUUGCAGUUUGUUACCUAACUUGGAAAAUUCUGAUUUAUAUGAAAUAAAUAAUGUACAUAUUUUAUCCUUGUUUUC